UGACCAACCGAUCGGAAGUUCGCGUCCACGCCGCCCUGCUCCUCCGUCGCCGCCGGCUCGGCGGCUGACCCCCGCGCCGCCGCACCAGCUGCGCGCGCGCGCGCGCGCGCCCCCACCACCGCGGCCUCUCCCUCCCACGCGCAGAGGGCACGGGCAGAGGCCGCCGCGGCGCCGUACUCGCCGGCGCUUCGUCGGCCUCGGCCUCGGGUCGAGGCCGGUGGCGGGGCCUCGUCAGAUCGCCCCCCUUCCUGUGCAGCGUGCUCUGCUGUGUGUGCGUGUGUGUGGCAAUGGCGUUGAUGCGGCGGAGAGUCGGGGGCUACAUUUGCUCGGAGCUGUGUGGCUCGGUUAUGAAUCAGAGGCUGUACUCUUCGAGGGUGGACUGGAAGCAGCUUCGGCCUAUGAUCCUCAAGAGGAUAAAGAACCGGGCAAAGGAGUAUCCAAUCAAGCGCAUGAUUCCAGUAGCGGAGGAGGUAGUCAAGGCUAGAGAGAUUGUCACCAAAGGUGUCUCGACGCUGCUUCAAGUUGUUCCCAUACAUUCAUGCAAGUUUUGUCCCGAAGUUCAUAUUGGAGCUGUAGGGCAUGAGAUGCAAUCCUGUCAUGGUUUCAAGCGUAUGAUCAAGAACCAGCCGCAUAAAUGGGGUCCAGGAUGCUUGAAUGACAUCCUUAUCCCUGUUGAAUCCUUCCACCUGGAAAACACGUUCCAGGAUGAGAUAAAACAUGACCAGAGGUUUGAUUUCCCUCGUGUCCCAGCGGUACUCGAGCUCUGCCAUCAGGCAGGUGCAGAUAUACCUGAUGAAGUUUGGCAUAGGAGUGGCACGUCAUCUGCAAUAGUCAGAGAAAAUGAUGAAAAACCUGCUGCUUUUUUGCCAGAAGAGCUUAGAUUCAUAGGUCAGAGGACAAUAGAAGCAUGGGAAAGGCUUAGAUUAGGUGUGACAAAACUCCUAUUGGUUUACCCAUCCAAAGUGUGUGAGCGUUGCUCUGAAGUGCAUGUUGGGCUGUCAGGGCACAAGGCCAGAAUGUGUGGGGUAUUCAAGUUCGAGGGCUGGCGUGGUAAACACAAGUGGAAGAAAGCCGAUGUGGAUGACCUAGUUCCUCCAAAGAUUGUUUGGCACCAGCGACCUCAUGAUCCACCGGUUCUGGUCGACGCUGGGAGAGACUAUUAUGGUCAUGCACCUGCGGUCAUUGAGCUUUGUAUGCAAGUGGGCGCAAGAGCACCCCCAAAAUACCAUUGCAUGAUGAAGGCGCAAGGCCUAGCACCGCCAAUUAAAUGAGGCCAGGGGAUCUAAGGAGUUGAUUGCCAAAUUAGAUCAGCACCAUGAUGUUAUACAGGAAUUGUACAGAUCAGACAUCAAAAGACCAAUGCAGAGAAACUCCAAGGUUGCAAAUGUUGUGAUUUUGCCCAAGACAUUAGUUCUUUGAAGACUGCAUGUUAUCAGAAUUCAGGAGGUCAGAACUAACACAAUUAUUUAUACCCAUUGAUCUGAGUGAGAGCCCUCAGAUGAUAACAAGGGAAAAUUGUUUCUGUGGACAACUUCGUGCAUGGUAAUUUAUCGACUAUCAGCAUUGUUAAGUAUUCAGAGCGAUUACUUUGCUGCCCUUUCAUUUGUUCAUCCUCCAUCAUUUGCCAAGAAUACGGGUGGAAGGGCUUUAUGAGCCUGCUGUUUGGUCUUCUUCUCCUCUGCUUGACUACUGUAACAUCAUUGGUUUCUGCUGUUUUGUGUAAACUUUCUCACAUUACCUAGACAUCCUUAUAGGCAGUUCUGUUAUAAGUUAGCCAUGUAGAGACGCCUUGUUGCAAGCUGCAACAUAUGGUGUGGAACAUCACAGAGGAAUGUAAUAUCACUUGCUGUAUUGUAAGCCCUAGUCAAAAUCCCUCCUUGAAGCUGUAAUCUGUGUACAGAUUUUUACCUGGGGCUCCUUUUGCUGUGCCAAUAAUUACAGCCACGUUGGCUGAUUUUUUUUUUCUGGAGAUAAAUGAAUGGAUGGUGAAGUUUUUGUUCUUUGUA